GCUGCUUUCAAGUCUCUUCUGGGUCGCAUCUUUAUCUAAUUGUAUUUACCAAAGCUUUUGUAAAACAAAUGAAGAUAGCUGUUUGUUAAAUGAGAUCUCUCAAAAAAAACCUACACCAUACGCUUAUGUACAUGCUCGCUCUUUAACCAUGAACGAGCGAUUUUCUUCACUCCCUUGAUUUUUGGCUUGCUACGUCCGACGUUGAACGGGCGGCAGUGCAUAACCGGUCCAAGUUCGACAUGUGAUUUACACCCGUCUCCUCACACUAUAGUACUCCGCUUCUCAAAAAUCACUUCAAUCUUCGGUGUCCUUGCCAGAUUCUUACAUUAAGCGGCAGCUUGUCUUUCCUAGUCUACACAAGCGAUGGGAUCACCACCAAAACCAUGGGAACGAGCUGGAGGAGCGGUCUCAUCUUCCUCUGCACCCUCAAUUCCCACCCCAACCCCCUCUAUAUCGUCAACAUCAACAGCGGUGGCCAAUCCUAAUCCGUCACCUUCAUCAUCUAUCCCAGAAAGGCCUACCAACUCACCUUCAACAGCUACAACAACGACACUGGCAUCAACCAAUGCGUCUCCUUAUUCCUACGGGACUUCUCCGUACUCACGGAUGGGUACCUAUGGAGGUUAUGGCUCUUAUGGAGGCGGUUUAAGCAGCUAUGGAGGAUACGGUGGUUAUGGAGGUGGUGGUUUGGGGAGUUACGGUGGAAUGGGCGGCAUCGGUGGUGGUUACGGGGGCUACGGUGGUCUUGGUAUGGGUUACGGGGCAGGCAUGUAUGGAGGAGGUUAUGGUUUGGGAGGCAUGAUGGGUCCUAACGGAGUUCCCGUUGACGCCAACGGCAACCCUUUACCCCCUUCUCUCACUCAAACACUAGAACACACCACUCAACAUACAUUCGCUCUCCUGCAUUCUAUUGUACAGACUUUCUCUGGCGUUGCACAGAUGCUUGAAAGUACCUUCAUGGCCACCCAUUCAUCCUUUUUCGCAAUGGUAGGCGUCGUUGACCAAUUUGGUCACCUUCGGAACGCAUUAGGGAGCGUAUUAGGUCUUUUUGGCCUUAUCCGCUGGAUGAAGGAACUGCUUACGGGUAAAAAAAGCAGCACUGGGGGCUUGCCAGGAGAGUUUCGUCAAUUUGUCAACGGCGGACCAGUGCAAGGUCCAUCGGGUCCCCCACCUCCACGACCUAGUAAGAAACCGCUCAUCAUUUUCCUUCUCGCCAUCUUCGGCGUCCCUUACGCCAUGAAUAAGUUAAUCAAAACCCUCGCUGCCAGAGCAGAAGCUCAAGCUGCUUCCGGAAAUCCCAUCGCUGGUCAACUGGAUCCAAGUCUUCCUCCCCUUGAUCCAUCUUCUCUGACAUUUGCACGUGCACUGUAUCCAUUCACUGCGACUAAUUCGUCGGAAUUGAGCUUGGCUGAGAAUGAAAUUGUGGCCCUCAUGGCCAAAUGGGAUCAGACAAGGGGGAUGGAGGUUGAUCCUCGUGUUGACCUUCAAGGUGGUAUUGAUGCAGAAUGGUGGAGAGGUAGGACUCGGGAAGGUAGGGAAGGUUGGUUCCCUAGGAAAUGGGUCGAGGUUCUUCAGCGGAAGCCAGUUCCACAAAAGGUUGUUGAUUGAUUUCACUUAUGGUAGGAAUAUUCCUUCCCAAUCUUGUAUCAUUUUCGGAUUAUUCGCAUUGUAUCAUGCCGCAUAAGAGAUUUCUUCUACCUCCAGCUCCUUUUUGCGCUCUCCUACUCGCAUCAACGAUUUACCCUUCGUUUUUUGUUGUAUCGUCGCUUUCUUCAAAGUGAUUCUAAUAUGAUGAACCAU